CCGGCCACCCCCGGACUGAUUGGCGCAGUGGCCAUUGGUUCGGGUGACGGGGACGGUCAGUUGGAGACAUGCUGCUGCGAACGUGUAUCGGAGUGUUAAUUGUGGGAUGCAUUGCAGCCGACACCCAAAACUCCACAGAGACGUCCAGCGGCAAUGGCACAGAGACCUCCCACCGUAGUGGCCGGUACCUCUUCCAGUACCUCCACAACUGGCUUGGCCUGACCGCCGCCACAACCACCAGCCGACCCAUAGUCAAAUGUCAGGGCGCCGGAUGCGGCGGCGGUGAGAUCUCCGUCAUCCCCGUGGUCUAUGUGCCGGCCAAGACGAAGGAAUGUGACUAUUCCCGUCCCUGCGCCAGUGGCCACUGCCUCUCCGGAAAGUGUGUGGCCUGUUCCAGCAGCGUCCACUGCGGCGCGGGACUGGUCUGCAGUAACUACAAGUGCGUGCCGUGCUCCAAUGAUCACCAGUGCGCCGGAACCUCCGUCUGCGAGCACCACAGGUGUGUCCAGUGCCGCUCCCAGGGCGACUGUCCGUACGGUCAGACAUGCCUCCAGAACAAGUGCAGGACGGUGGUGUAGAUCAGCG